CACCACCUCCGUCUCCGAGACCCGCGGCCAGGCCCUCAAGCGCCGCUACAACCAGCUUCACAGCCAAGAGGCCCCCACCGCAACCUCGUCGAGCUCCUCAAGAACAUCUCCGACGAGCAGGCCCUCGCCAUCCUCCGCCGCCUCCGCGCCGGUGACCAGCCAGAGCUCGUUCUCGGCCAGCUCUCCGCCGGCAAUGCCCUGCUCCAGCUCGCCGUCAAGCCAGAGGCCCGCUUCCGCUACGUCUUCCCGCUCAUGAGUGAGAUGCCCGCAAGCCUCCUCCGCGAUAACCCCUAUCUCGACUCGGUGCUCUACGAGGCCGCCCUUCUCUUCCCUUCAGCCUCGGACAGCCACCCGGCAAAGGCGCGCCAGCUUGCGCGCGUCCACGACCGCCACGAGAUCCAGAGCCUCUACGUCAUGCCCUACCACGCCGCCGAGGCCAUCAUCCCGCGUCUCUGCUCCGUAUGCCCAUCAGCCUGGACCCGCGUCUCCAAGGAUGACGUGCUCAUGCGGAACCUGCUCACGAGCUACUUCAAGAACGAGUACACUUGUCAUGCCACAUUCCACAUUGACUACUUCCUCGAGGACAUGGCCACGGGUCGGUCUGAUGCUUGCUCGUCACUGCUUGUCAAUGCCGUCCUCGCGCAUGCCUGUAGCACCUAUCUCCCCUUUGAGGACCGGUCCGAGUACUGGAACCCGGACACACUGUCCUACAAGUUCUUGGUCGAGGCGAAGCGGCUCUGGGAACUCGAGGCGAGCCCCGCCGUCGUGCUGCUGGACGAGCAUGGCAACGCCAGGCCACCCCGGCUGACCACCAUUCAGGCUGGCAUUGUCCUCAACAUGACCAUCAACCUCACGUGCAUGGACAAGAUCGGCCAGACCUACUAUGAUAGGGUAAUCCAACUGGCGAGCGAGAUUGACCUGUUCAAUUAUGACGGCACUUACUCGCACGCCCUAGUAACAGAGCGUGAGGCCACGAACCUGGCCUUUACCGCCUGGGCCGUGUUCAACUGGGGGGUGCUCGUCAGCUACCACUUUUUCCUCGUGCCGAAGCUCACCCAACCUCCACGAUGGGACUUGCCCGACCUUGCAGAGCACCCGCGCUGGUAUGGCGAUGUCGCACUAAAGUACCCGGACACGGCAUCACUAUCACCCACACACCUUGGUCACGUGCUCAAGGCGAGAUGCCAGUUCCGAGUCAUCAUGGCCGACCUGUCGCUAGCCUACUACAGUCCAGACUCUCCCAUGAGCCCAGAGAACGUUCAGCGGGAUCCCGGACAGGCGUUAGCCAUUGCCAACAGCUUCUACGCUCGCCUAGAAGCAUGGAAGCAAGGGCUCCCCUCCUUCCUUGCAGCCAAGGAAAUAGCUCUGCCAAGCCACAUUCAGCUACACUGCUACUUCCAAACGUUAAAAGUGUCCAUCUACGGUCCUCUGCAGGACGUCGCGACGCUCCAGACACCGAGCCCUGCCAGCUUGGUCGCCGAGGCGAGGCGGCACCUGACGACGCUGGCACGGCUGUACUACCUGCGGCACGGCUACGAGAGCGCCGACUCAUGGGUCGGGUCUCCGCUCAUCUCGCUGGCCAACAUGUACAUUGACAUGCUGCAGGCGGGCACGCUGACGGAGCCCGAGCUGGUGCUCGAGGCGCGCUCGUCGCUGAUCCUGAUGAUCAAGGGCCUCCGGGACCAGAGCCGCAACAACGCCGUGUGCGAGGUGCUGUUCCGGAUGACCAAGGCCAAGAUACGGCCCGAGGACCACGCGCUGCUGGUGAGCGAGGGCGUCGUGCGCGUCGACGAGGACGAGGGCAAGGUGAUGCAGAUGCACGCGGUGCAGAUGCAGUGGCCGGCCAUGGCGACGACGAUGGCGGACAAGCCGCACAGCCAUUCGCUUACGGAUCUGGUCCGGGGGAUGGGGCAGGUCACGAUUGCGGAUCAACAGCUGGGCCCCACGGUGCGCUAGCAUGGCAUGAAGGGGGAGCAUAACAAAAAAAGGGGGACGGGCAUAUUUCCUUGUCGUGGGCGGACGGAGCGAGGUUGCUAUUCAGCAUGGCGCACAAAAGAGCACAUCACAUACACAUACGAGCACGGUAGCCCACAUUGAUCGAGGCAACCGCCAAACACGAACACAAACGGGCGCGAAGCAUUGGGCCAUGGCGUCUACACACAUACACACACACACACAUGAUAUCCAGGCCUCCACUGGGGGUUUAUUUCCCUUUCUGCUCUUUUCUCUCUCUUUAGCAGUCCAUAGCAGUCCAUAGAGCAUUGGCCCUUUGAGUAGAUGAAAGUCUGAUAGUUCACAGACACACACACACACACACACACAUCGCAGCGGUGUGUUCUACCAGAAGUGAAAGCAAGAACGGAUGCUGAGU